AUGGGUAUCAUGGGCUAUGACGAUCUCAUAAAUUUCUCCUCCAACAUCGAUAACACCAGCGUACUGUUUCCAUGUGGAUACUGCGCUCAGCAUCACCUUCACUGUGAAGUGGCUCAAGAGGCCGCAUUUCUUGGCGCCUGUACAUCAUGCAUAGCCGAGGGAAGAGACUGCGAUUUUAUGACCGACACCAGUGUGCCUGAGGCUCAGCGAGAACCGUCCGUUGCAUCUCAACUCUCGGCUGACGACCACACGAAUACAUCGAAGCAGCCGAGAUCUAAUUCUCACAAUGGCUCAGAAUCCGGCGCCAAUAUUCACGACUCACUGGAGGAGCAUUUAGCUAAACAUGCCGGAAACAAUUCCAAGGCCGGCGCGAGAUUCUCGCGAGAGGCACUUCGCAUUCUCAGGAACUGGCUGCUCUCCAACCAUCGCCACCCCUACCUAAGUAACGAAGACAAGGACAAUCUGGCAUGUCAAACAGGGUUGAGCAAAACGCAAAUCAGCAACUGGGUUGCAAACGCCCGACGAAGAGGCAAAGUUCGAACUCCGAGCUCUGGCUCCACAAGCCCAUAUCGACAUCCCAAUGGCAUUAACAUCCCCCGAAGCGUGACUCCCGCUCUGAGAGAGAUGGGCCCUAUGGAACGAUGGCAGCAUUCUCCGCCUGACCAAGAACCUGCUUCCAUAACGGACAUUGCUACCGCAGCCCUGUCCUCAGAGUUCAUGGGCGGCCUCGGCCCCUCGCCAAACAGUAACAACGAUUUCGAUGACCAAUUAGCGGGCUCUGCCGAUCAGCUCUCAUCUGCCAGCAGUUCGAAAACCUCAAAUUCUAGUAGGGGUUCUUUUGCUUCAGCUUAUUCCCACGUGUCUCGUGGAUCUAUAGAAUCUCUAACAUCGUUGAAAAGUCGGGGAAGGCGUCGUCGACGCCGCCAAAUCCCCAAAGCCGUUGACGUUUCGACAGUCAUAGCGCCUAUUCACAUGUACCAGUGCACUUUUUGUACCGAGACGUUUAAGACGAAGCAUGACUGGCAAAGACAUGAAAAGUCGCUACAUCUGUCUCUCGAACGAUGGAUCUGUACGCCAGAUGGGCCAAUACAAUUUUGCGCCGAGAGGAAUUGUUUGGCAUGCGUGUACUGCGGAGCUAAGAAUCCAUCGCUAGAUCAUACCGAGCAACACAACGAUUUUGUCUGUACUGAAAAGUCAUUAGAAGGAAAGACUUUCUAUAGGAAAGAUCAUCUGCGCCAGCAUUUGAACAUUGUCCAUGGUGCCAAGUUCCAGAAAUGGCCCAUGAAUGGCUGGAAAGUAUCCACGCCAAAAAUCCGGUCCAGAUGCGGCUUCUGCGGUAUUUUGAUGGACUCUUGGGAUUCGCGCGUGCAACAUCUAGCGCAGCAUUUCAAAAAUGGCAAAUCAAUGGCACACUGGAAAGGAGAUUGGGGUUUUGGGGAAGACGUACUCCCAGUUGUUGAAAAUGGAAUGCCCCCAUACCUUAUUCACCACGAACGGAAUACUCCUAACCCGUUUGAAGCCUCCAAAGACGAAAUUGGUACCACCAAGACGCUUGAAGAUUAUGUCAAGUUAUGGCUCGUCGAGUACAUCAGGGAUCUAGCCUCAGCCGGGAUAUCGCCUACCGACAAUCAACUACUUAUUGAGGCACAGAGGAUUGUACGGAAAACCGACACAGAAGACACAUCACUUACUGGGCCUGAUGUCUCGUGGUUCCGCGAUCUGAUCAUGCUUUGCGAGCCGUCGUACCCCAUUGCUCAAAGCUUAGUCAACCAGGGGAGCCGAAACAUGGCUAAUAACCUUUCGUGGAUAACGCAAAUCGAAAAGAUAAAAGCUUCCAAAUCUGUUAGCUCCGGCCUGAGCAUUAUCGGAUGCGAAAAGGAAAGGUUAUUGAUGAAUUACGUGAAAAGCAAGCAGGCAUUGGGCCAGAUUCCCACCGAUUCCGAACUCCAGGUUCAGGCAUGCAAGGCUAUAGAGGACGUUGAGCCCAAGUCGAAUUUUAAGAGUCGAGAGGCUGUUCAGUGGUUCGAAUUUUUGAUUAACUGCUCGACAAACUGGCUAUCAGAGUUUAAGCGUCGAGCAGGCUUAUCCCUACCUCUCGUCCGAGGACAGCUCAGUGAAAAGGAACUAUUGGCUAAUGGUGGCAUCAUAACAUACGAUCCAAUCGAGAUACAGGAGACUUCAGUUCAUGACAUUUUACUGCAACAGUCCGCCGAAGAGAUGCUCGACCAGGAUAUGCAACGCGAUCCGCUUAUCGUAUCAAAUGGGUUGGAUUAUUUGAAAGCCUACAAGGGCCGCAAUAACUUGGAAACAGAUGCUCUACUACCGACACAAGAAGCCAUAGAACAAGCAUUUGCACAUCAAAGUAGCGAUUCGGGAACUAAUGCAACCAUUUCCCCCCAGGCAUUACACUGGGGCUACUCGGACGAAGCCAUUGACGGCACUUUACCGAUAAAUACAAACGACGAGAUUUCGCCUGCUACCGUACAAAUGCCCCAACAUAACAGUUCUCCAAAUCAGCCACCGCGAUACUUUCUAAGCGAUGUCAACUGUUAUGGGAGGCUGGAAAGAGAGCUCACUCGAUUCGUAGCGAGCUGCCUAAGCCCGAACAACCCACUACAACACAUCCCCUCCGAUGAAGAGAUUCAACACCAAGCCCGCUGGAUUAUAUAUGACGAUGACGAUCCGUGGAACCAGACCGCCGCUGAUAAUGUCGAGUGGCUUGCUCGCUUCAAACACGAUGCUGGCCUUACCCCCUCUGGAGAGUUUGGACUAUCGCCAGUUGCUCCUCCUCGGCCAUGGACGGUGCAAGAUGGCGGAACAGGGUUCCAUCCACCUUUUGUGAAGCCAAAAGCAGGCAAACACAUAGAAUUCACCGAAGACACAUUCGUUUACGUUGACAAUCAACCCUACGCCGUUAGCAAAGAUACUGCGGGGCGCUAUAUGGAUGCUCUCUUCGAAGGAGAAUUCCGAUUCCCUGCCUCAGUGUUCUGCUCGCGCGAGCUUGAAGAUGGGUUGAACGCCUAUAUCGAAGAGUGCAUUAUGGGUCUAAGCAUCCCCACCGAUGAUGAUUUACGUGCCAAGGCACGCGAAAUCCUUGGCGUAGAUCGCACCGCAGCCGACGAUCCCAAGUUGCUUCAGACCUUCAAGUCAAUGCAUACGCUGUGGCGCAAGCAGACGAACGGCGAAAGUAAUUAUUUGCCACCAGAUGUUCACCUGGACAAUGGGGCCACCGAAUUCAUGAAUGGCGUGGAUAUGCUGAUCCCCGACAUUUAA